UUUGUCGCUUUGGUGGUAGCUACUUCUCAGGGAGUUCGUGGGAUGAUGGGGACUUCACCAAACAACUGCAUUUUAUUUAUUAUUAUUUAAUUAAUUCCUUCUUUCUCCUUCUUCUUCAAUUCUUCUUCUCACUUUUUAGAGUUUAGACUCUCAAUCUCCAACCCACCUCUCGGAAUUACGAUGAUGCCAUCUAAGCCCAGAUCUGGCCUGUCUGAUACCUCAAACAAUAAGCCUCCACAAGCAACCCCUAAAGCAGUGAAAACUGGUCGAAAUGGUUCUACAAAAUCAGACUCUGGCGCUCCACCUCUUCAAAAAUCACGCAGCACGCCAAAAUCAGUUGAAUCGAAGCCUAAGAUUGAGCGUAAAGCACCUAAAUCUAGAAGCAUUACACCUGAUAAACAACCAAGAACACCCAAGGGACCCUCGGAGUUACAAGCCCAAGAAGAUCUCAAGAAGGCAAAGGAUCAGUUAGCCGCUUCUGAGCAGGAGAAGGCUCGAGCUGAGGAAGAACUGAAGGAUGCAAAAAGAUUGGCCGACGAGGCCAAUGAGAAGCUCAAGGAGGCUCUUGCUGCUCUGAAGAAGGCCGAGGAGAGCUCAGAGAUUGAGAAGUUUAGAGCAGUUGAAUUGGAGCAAACUAGCAUCGAAUCAUCUAAGAAGAAGGAAGAGGCAUGGGGAAAAGAAAUUGAUGACAUAAAAAGGAAGCAUUCUUUAGAUGUUGAGGCUUUGUUGUCCAAAACCGAGGAGCUGGAAAAGGUUAAGAAUGAGUUAGAGGCAACUACCUCGGCUAAGAUUUCUGCCCUUAGCCAAGCUGAAGAUGCAAUGAAAACUGCAGAAAAGAAUGCUGAUAAAGUAGAGCUCCUCUCUGGUGAGGUUACUCGUUUAAAAUCUUUGCUAGACUCCAAGUUUGAUAGCACGAAUGGAGAUACUGCUAAGAUAAUAAAUAAAUUGGAUUCCGAGAAUGAUUCAUUGAAGUAUGAACUUGAAAUUGCCAAGCAAUCAGAGGAGAAGUUGGUUAUCAUGGAAACAUUGAUCGAAAGGCUCAGCAAUGAGGCAGACAAUGCAAAGAAUGCGGAACUCGAGUCCCUUAAGUUAGUCGAUGAGUGGAAGAAGAAAGCAGAAUCCUUGGAAACUCAGUUGAUGGAAGCUAGGGAAUCUGAGAAAUCCUCGCUGGAGUCUCUAGAUUCAGCGAAGAAACAACUGGAGGAGUGGAAUGCUUCAUUACAAGAUUCUAAGUUUGAGACUGCUGCUCUUAGACAGAAGGUAGAGCUAUUGGAGGAUCGAUUGGAGGAGGCCAACGAAGCUGAGAAGUCAUCAUCAAAGCAGUUGGAGGAGCUCAAUGCUUCACUGCAGGAUGCUGAGUCUGAGGCUGCUGUUCUUAGAGGAAAGGUAGAGUCUUUGGAGAUCGAGGUGGCUGAUGUGAAGAAGGCAGAACUGAACUCGAGAAACUUCACUGAUGAGUGGAAGAAGAAAGCGGAGCUCUUGGAAGUUCAGUUAGCAGAAGCCAACAAAUUUACGGAGUCAUCAUCAGAUUCACUUGCUUCAGUUACAAAACAACUGGAGGACAGUAAUUCUUCCCUGCAAGAUGUUUUAUCUGAGAAUGCUGGUUUAAGGGUGAAGAUAGAGUCACUAGAGAUUGAGCUCAACCGUCAUAAAGAAAAAGCAAGUGAGAUGAGUAAAGAAGUCGAAGAUUUGAAAUCUGAUAUUCAAGCUCUCGAGAAGGAGAAGGUUGCAGCUGCUGAUGCUGCAAGUUUCUCUGGGGAAAGGCAAAAACUUCUGAAAGAGUUAGAGAUUGCAAGAGAGGAGGAGGAGAAGGCUAAAAAGGCUAUGGAGGGUUUAGCUUCAGCUUUGCAUGAGAUGUCUGUUGAGGCUAGAGAAACUCAAGAAAGGCUUUUCGCGAAACGAGUUGAACAUGAAAAUGCCCUUGCUCAGGUCGAGCAAUUGAGAUCAGCUAUCAGGAACACCGAGGAGAAUUAUGAGGUUAUGCUUGAUGAAGCAAGAUAUGAGAUCGUUUGUCUGAAGAAAGCCAUUGAGAAACUUGAGACUGAAGAAACCCAAGACUUUAAUUUCGAAAAAUUAGAUAAUGGAGUGGAGGUUGUGAAGGAACAUGGAGAGAACAUGGUUGCAAAGGAAGCUGUUGAAGAAGUAAAGAAGAUCGAUGAAAAUGGUGAGCUAUCAAACAGUGAAAAAGAGUAUGAUUUGCUACCAAACUCCAAGGAAAUUCCGAUGGAGAGCGUUAAUGGGAGCGUAGAAGAAAAACUUGUUAACGGGAGCAUAGAAGAAAAACCCAAAUCAGGAGAAGAUCUGAAUGAAGAAGAGAUUAGAAAAGGGCAUCAAUAUCUAUGGGAGGAAGAACCAGUAGAAGUGGAAGUGAAGAUGUUGGAAGGUUAUAAAUGUGUGGAUAAUGAGAAGGACACGGAGAAUGAGGAGGAAGCUCUUGAUGAAGAUUUGGACCUGAAGAAUGAGGGCGGUAGCUUCGACAAUACAAAUGGAUUGCCAUCAGAGAUCAAUGAAGAUGGGGGGCAGCGACAGCAGCAGCAAAAGAAGAAGAAGCACUUCUUUAAGUUUAUGUUGAAGAAAAAGAGUCCUCAGAAGUAACUGUGGAAUUGAGAAUUCGGGUAUUUUGUUUUAAGUGCCUUCCAAAAGUUUGUAAACAAUAGGGAAUUUGUAUCUAAAAAAAGUCUUGUUAUUUGAUAUUUGUUUCUUUAGCAUUGGUUUAUAUGUGUAAUAAGUACUUUGAUCUGAAUUUUAUUCUUUCACACAUUA